CUUGGCAGCAUCAGUAUGAUUUUUCGACUUGCAGAUUAUUCUGCUCGACACAGCAUUGAAUGGUUUUAAAGUGCUGACGAUGACGAAAGUUUUUCUAAAGUGUUUUCUGCUAGUGACAGUGCUAGUUUAUGGUGUAAAGUGUCGACCAAAGGAUCACAACCAUGCAUUCAACCACAGAGAAUUUGCCCUCAAUGCGAUAGAUAAACUAAAAUCGCAAGAUCUCUCAAAGAGUAGACGCGAAGAUGUCGAAGAUUUGAGAGAGGAUACAGUGGAAGCCUUCGACAAGUGUGAUAAGCUUUAUGAAUUAACCAACCAAAUAUGGGUGUACAAGAAAUGUUCAGGCGAAAUAUUCGGAAAGACAAUGGAAAAAGUGAAAAAACUGAAAGAAAAAAUAGAAAAAGAUUCAAAUAAAAAAGAUUCCAAUGAGACUGAUUCGGAUGAGUCUAAUGAAUCAAGUGAAUCUAAAGACAAGAAAUCUAAGGAGAAAGACUCAAACAAACACAAUCAUCACAAUCACGGCCAUAACAAUAAUCACCACAAUAAGCCAACAACGAAAGCACCACGCCCAACGCGACCAUCCAAUAAACCCAACAAACCCACGACAUCUGACCCCUCUAAUUCGGACUCCACAACCACCCAAAGCCCAACCUCAGGAGCUCCAGUCGUAACUGAUGCUCCGACAUCAGCUCCCGGUGCAACUCAGGGUCCAACUUCAGGAGCACCAGGUGUAACUGACGCUCCAACGUCAGCACCCGGUGAAACUCAGGGUCCAACUUCAGGUGCUCCAGGUGUGACUGACGCCCCGACCUCAGCUCCUAGUGCAACUCAGGGUCCAACUUCAGGUGCUCCAGGUGUAACUGAUGCCCCGACAUCAGCUCCCGGUGCAACUCAGGGUCCAACUACAGGAGCUCCAGGUGUAACUGACUCCCCGACAUCAGCUCCUGGUGCAACUCAGGGACCAACUUCAGGUGCUCCAGGUGUAACUGAUGCCCCGACAUCAGCACCCGGUUCAACUCAGGGUCCAACUUCAGGUGCUCCAGGUGUAACUGACUCCCCGACAUCAGCUCCUGGUGCAACUCAGGGACCAACUUCAGGUGCUCCAGGUGUAACUGACUCCCCGACCUCAGCUCCUGGUGCAACUCAGGGUCCAACUUCAGGUGCUCCGGGUGUAACUGAUGCCCCGACAUCGGCACCCGGUGCAACUCAGGGUCCAACUUCAGGAGCUCCAGGUGUAACUGACGCCCCGACCUCAGCUCCUGGUGCAACUCAGGGACCAACUUCAGGUGCUCCAGGUGUAACUGAUGCCCCGACAUCAGCACCCGGUGCAACUCAGGGUCCAACUUCAGGUGCUCCAAGUGUGACUGACGCUCCAACAUCAGCACCCGGUUCAACUCAGGGUCCAACUUCAGGAGCACCAGGUGUAACUGACGCUCCAACGUCAGCACCCGGUGAAACUCAGGGUCCAACUUCAGGUGCUCCAGGUGUGACUGACGCCCCGACCUCAGCUCCUGGUGCAACUCAGGGUCCAACUUCAGGUGCUCCAGGUGUAACUGAUGCCCCGACAUCGGCACCCGGUGCAACUCAGGGUCCAACUUCAGGAGUUCCAGGUGUAACUGACGCCCCGACCUCAGCUCCUGGUGCAACUCAGGGACCAACUUCAGGUGCUCCAGGUGUAACUGAUGCCCCGACAUCAGCACCCGGUUCAACUCAGGGUCCAACUUCAGGAGCUCCAAGUGUUACUGACGCCCCGACAUCAGCACCCGGUUCAACUCAGGGUCCAACUUCAGGUGCUCCAGGUGUAACUGACUCCCCGACAUCAGCUCCUGGUGCAACUCAGGGUCCAACUUCAGGUGCUCCAGGUGUAACUGACGCCCCGACUUCAGCUCCUGGUGCAACUCAGGGUCCAACUUCAGGUGCUCCAGGUGUAACUGACGCCCCGACCUCAGCUCCUGGUGCAACUCAGGGUCCAACUUCAGGAGCCCCAGGUGUAACCGACGCCCCGACAUCAGCACCCGGUUCAACUCAGGGUCCAACUUCAGGUGCUCCAGGUGUAACUGACUCCCCGACAUCAGCUCCUGGUGCAACUCAGGGUCCAACUUCAGGUGCUCCGGGUGUAACUGAUGCCCCGACAUCAUCACCCGCUGCAACUCAGGGUCCAACUUCAGGUGCUCCAGGUGUAACUGACGCCCCUACCUCAGCCCCUGGUGCAACACAGGGUCCAACUUCAGGAUCUCCAGGUGUGACUGACGCUCCAACAUCAGCUCCUGGUGCAACUCAGGGUCCAACUUCAGGUGCUCCAGGUGUAACUGACGCCCCUACCUCAGCCCCUGGUGCAACUCAGGGUCCAACUUCAGGUGCUCCAGUUGUAACAGACGCACCAACAUCAGCUCCCGGUGCAACCCAGGGUCCAACUUCAAGUGCUCCAGGUGUAACUGACGCCCCUACCUCAGCCCCUGGUGCAACACAGGGUCCAACUUCAGGAUCUCCAGGUGUGACUGACGCUCCAACAUCAGCUCCUGGUGCAACUCAGGGUCCAACUUCAGGAGCUCCAGGUGUAACUGACGCCCCGACCUCAGCUCCUGGUGCAACUCAGGGUCCAACUUCAGGAGCUCCAGGUGUGACAGACGCUCCAACAUCAGCACCCGGUGCAACACAGGGUCCAACUUCAGGUGCUCCAGGUGUAACCGACGCUCCAACAUCAGCACCAGGUGCAACUCAGGGUCCAACUUCAGGUGCUCCAGCUGUAACUGAUGCCCCGACAUCAUCACCCGGUGCAACUCAGGGUCCAACUACAGGUGCUCCAGGUGUAACCGAUGGCCCGACAUCAGCUCCUGGUGCAACUCAGGGUCCAACUUCAGGAGCUCCAGGUGUAACUGAUGCCCCGACAUCAGCACCCGGUGCAACUCAGGGUCCAACUUCAGGAGCUCCAGGUGUAACUGAUGCACCGACCUCAGCUCCUGGUGCAACUCAGGGUCCAACUUCAGGUGCUCCAGGUGUAACCGACGCUCCAACAUCAGCACCCGGUUCAACUCAGGGUCCAACUUCAGGUGCUCCUGGCGUCACCGACGCUCCAACAUCAGCUCCCGGUGAAACUCAGGGUCCAACUUCAGGAGCUCCAGGUGUAACUGACGCCCCGACAUCAGCUCCUGGUGCAACUCAGGGUCCAACUUCAGGAACUCCAGGUGUAACUGAUGCCCCGACAUCGGCACCCGGUGCAACUCAGGGUCCAACUUCAGGUGCUCCAGGUGUAACUGACGCCCCGACAUCAGCACCCGGUGCAACUCAGGGUCCAACUUCAGGUCCUCCAGGUGUGACUGACGCUCCGACCUCAGCUCCUGGUGCAACUCAGGGUCCAACUUCAGGAGCUCCAGAUCUAACUGACGCCCCGACCUCAGCUCCUGGUGCAACUCAGGGUCCAACUUCAGGUGCUCCAGUUGUGACUGACGCUCCAACAUCAGCACCCGGUGCAACUCAGGGUCCAACUUCAGGUGCUCCAGUUGUAACAGACGCUCCAACAUCAGCACCCGGUGCAACUCAGGGUCCAACUUCAGGUGCUCCAGGUGUAACUGACGCCCCGACCUCAGCUCCUGGUGCAACUCAGGGUCCAACUUCAGGUGCUCCAGGUGUAACUGACGCCCCGACAUCAGCACCCGGUGCAACUCAGGGACCAACUUCAGGUGCUCCAGGUGUAACUGAAACUACAACAUUAGCUCCCGGUGCAACUGAGGGUCCAACUUCAGGAGCUCCAGGUGUGACUGAUGCUCCAACACCAGCGCCCGGUGCAACUCAGGGUCCAACUUCAGGUGCUCCAGGUGUAACCGACGCUCCAACAUCAGCACCUGGUGCAACUGAGGGACCAACUUCAGGAGCUCCAGGUGUAACUGACGCACCAACAUCAGCACCCGGUGCAACUCAGGGUCCAACUUCAAGUGCUCCAGGUGUAACCGACACUCCAACAUCAGCACCCGGUGCAACUCAGGGUCCAACUUCAGGAGCUCCAGUUGUAACUGAUGCCCCGACAUCAGCACCCGGUGCAACUCAAGGUCCAACUUCAAGUGCUCCAGGUGUAACUGACGCCCCGACAUCAGCACCUGGUGCAACUCAGGGUCCAACUUCAGGAGCUCCAGGUGGAACUGAUGCCCCGACAUCAGCACCCGGUGCAACUCAGGGACCAACUUCAGGAGCUCCAGGUGAGACUGAUGCUACAACAUCAGCACCCGGUGCAACUCAGGGACCAACUUCAGGAGCUCCAGGUGUGACUGAUGCUCCAACAUCAGCUCCCGGUUCAACCCAGGGUCCAACUUCAGGUGCUCCAGGUGUAACCGACGCUCCAACAUCAGCUCCUGGUGCAACUCAGGGUCCAACUUCAGGUGCUCCAGGUGUAACUGAAACUACAACAUUAGCUCCCGGUGCAACUGACGGUCCAACUUCAGGAGCUCCAGGUGUGACUGAUGCUCCAACAUCAGCGCCCGGUGCAACUCAGGGUCCAACUUCAGGUGCUCCAGGUGUAACCGACGCUCCAACAUCAGCACCCGGUGCAACUGAGGGACCAACUUCAGGAGCUCCAGGUGUGACUGACGCACCAACAUCAGCACCCGGUGCAACUCAGGGUCCAACUUCAGGUGCUCCAGGUGUAACCGACGCUCCAACGUCAGCUCCUGGUGCAACGCAGGGUCCAACUUCAGGAGCUCCAGGUGUAACAGACGCUCCAACAUCAGCACCUGAUGCAACUGAGGGUCCAACUUCAGGUGCUCCAGUUGUAACAGACGCUCCAACAUCAGCUCCCGGUGCAACUGAGGGUCCAACUUCAGGAGCUCCAGUUGUAACAGACGCUCCAACAUCAGCACCUGGUGCAACUCAAGGUCCUACUUCAGGAGCUCCAGGUGUAACUGAUGCCCCGACAUCAGCACCCGGUGCAACUCAGGGUCCAACUUCAGGAGCUCCAGGUGUGACUGACGCUCCAACGUCAGCUCCCGGUGCAUCUGAGGCCCCAACUUCAAGUGCUCCAGUUGUAACCGACGCUCCAACAUCAGUACCUGGUGCAACUGAGGGACCAACUUCAGGUGCUCCAGUUGUAACAGACGCUCCCACAUCAGCUCCUGGUGCAACUGAGGGACCAACUUCAGGUGCUCCAGUUGUAACAGACGCUCCGACAUCGGCUCCCGGUGCAACUGAGGCUCCAACUUCAAGUGCCCCAGUUAUAACCGACGCUCCAACAUCAGCUCCCGGUGUAACUGGGGGACCAACUUCAGGUGCUCCAGGUGUAACCGACGGCCCAACAUCAGCACCCGGUGCAACUCAAGAACCAACUCCAGGAGCUCCGGUUGUAACAGACGCUCCAACAUCAGUACCUGGUGCAACUCAGGGUCCAACUUCAGGAGCUCCAGGUGUGACUGACGCUCCAACGUCAGCUCCCGGUGCAACUCAGGGACCAACUUCAGGUGCUCCAGUUGUAACAGACGCUCCAACAUCAGCUCCGGGUGAAACUCAGGGACCAACUUCAGGUGCUCCAGUUGUAACAGACGCUUCAACAUCAGCUCCCGGUGCAACUGAGGCUCCAACUUCAGGUGCUCCAGUUGUAACCGACGCUCCAACAUCAGCACCCGGUGCAACUGAGGCUCCAACUUCAAGUGCUCCAGUUGUAACAGACGCUCCUACAUCGGCUCCCGGUGCAACUGACGCUCCAACUUCAAGUGCUCCAGUUGUAACCGACGCUCCAACAUCAGCUCCCGGGGCAACUCAGGGUCCAACUUCAGGUGCUCCAGUUGUAACAGACGCUCCUACAUCGGCUCCCGGUGCAACUGACGCUCCAACUUCAAGUGCUCCAGUUGUAACCGACUCCCCAACAUCAGCUCCCGGGGCAACUCAGGGUCCAACUUCAGGUGCUCCAGUUGUAACAGACGCUCCUACAUCGGCUCCCGGUGCAACUGACGCUCAAACUUCAAGUUCUCCAGUUGUAACCGACGCUCCAACAUCAGCUCCCGGUGCUACUCAGGGUCCAACUUCAGGAGCUCCAGUUGUAACAGACGCUCCGACAUCGGCUCCCAUUGCAACUGAGGCUCCAACUUCAGGUGCUCCUGUUGUAACCGAUGCUCCAACAUCAGCUCCCGGGGCAACUCAGGGUCCAACUUCAGGUGCUCCAGUUGUAACAGACGCUCCAACAUCAGCUCCCGGUGCAACUGAGGCUCCAACCUCAAGUGCACCAGUCGUAACAGACUCUCCAACAUCAGCACCUGGUGCAACUCAGGGUCCAACUUCAAGUGCUCCAGUUGUAACAGACGCUCCUACAUUGGCUCCCGGAGCAACUGACGCUCCAACUUCAGGUGCUCCAGGUGUAACCGACGCUCCAAAAUCAACUCCCGGGGCAACUCAGGGUCCAACUUCAGGUGCUCCAGUUGUAACAGACGCUCCGACAUCAGCUCCCGGUUCAACUGAGGCUCCAACUUCAGGUGCUCCAGUUGUAACAGACGCUCCUACAUCAGCUCCCGGAACAACUCAGGGUCCAACUUCCGGUGCUCCAGUUGUAACAGACGCUCCAACAUCAGCUCCCGGUGCAACUGAGGGUCCAACUUCAAGUGCUCCAGUUGUAACCGACGCUCCAACAUCAGCUCCCGGUGCUACUCAGGGUCCAACUUCAGGAGCUCCAGUUGUAACAGACGCUCCGACAUCGGCUCCCAUUGCAACUGAGGCUCCAACUUCAAGUGCUCCAGUUGUAACCGACGCCCCAACAUCAGCUCCCGGGGCAACUCAGGGUCCAACUUCAGGUGCUCCAGUUGUAACAGACGCUCCGACAUCAGCUCCCGGGGCAACUCAGGGUCCAACUUCAAGUGCUCCAGUUGUAACAGACGCUCCGACAUCAGCUCCCGGGGCAACUCAGGGUCCAACUUCAGGUGCUCCAGUUGUAACCGACGCUCCAACAUCAGCUCCCGGUGCAACUGAGGCUCCAACUUCAGGUGCUCCAGUUGUAACAGACGCUCCAACAUCAGCACCCGGUGCAACUGAGGCUCCAACUUCAAGUGCACCAGUCGUAACAGACUCUCCAACAUCAGCACCUGGUGCAACUCAGGGUCCAACUUCAAGUGCUCCAGUUGUAACAGACGCUCCUACAUCGGCUCCCGGUGCAACUGACGCUCCAACUUCAAGUGCUCCAGUUGUAACCGACGCUCCAACAUCAGCACCCGGGGCAACUCAGGGUCCAACUUCAGGUGCUCCAGUUGUAACAGACGCUCCGACAUCAGCUCCUGGUGCAACUGAGGCUCCAACUUCAGGAUCUCCAGUUGUAACCGACGCUCCAACAUCAGCUCCCGGUGCUACUCAGAGUCCAACUUCAGGUGCUCCAGUUGUAACAGACGCUCCGACAUCAGCUCCUGGUGCAACUGAGGCUCCAACUUCAGGUGCUCCAGUUGUAACCGACGCUCCUACAUCAGCUCCCGGGGCAACUCAGGGUCCAACUUCAGGAGCUCCAGUUGUAACAGACGCUCCGACAUUGGCUCCCGGUGCAACUGAGGCUCCAACUUCAAGUGCUCCAGUUGUAACCGAUGCUCCAACAGCAGCUCCCGGGGCAACUCAGGGUCCAACUUCAGGUGCUCCAGUUGUAACAGACGCUCCGACAUCAGCUCCCGGUUCAACUCAGGGUCCAACUUCAGGUGCUCCAGUUGUAACAGACGCUCCGACAUCAGCUCCUGGUGCAACUGAGGCUCCAACUUCAGGUGCUCCAGUUGUAACCGACGCUCCGACAUCAGCUCCUGGUGCAACUGAGGCUCCAACUUCAGGUGCUCCUGUUGUAACCGAUGCUCCAACAUCAGCUCCCGGGGCAACUCAGGGUCCAACUUCAGGUGCUCCAGUUGUAACAGACGCUCCGACAUCAGCUCCUGGUGCAACUGAGGCUCCAACUUCAGGUGCUCCAGUUGUAACCGACGCUCCAACAUCAGCUCCCGGGGCAACUCACGGUCCAACUUCAGGUGCUCCUGUUGUAACCGAUGCUCCAACAUCAGCUCCCGGGGCAACUCAGGGUCCAACUUCAGGUGCUCCAGUUGUAACAGACGCUCCGACAUCAGCUCCUGGUGCAACUGAGGCUCCAACUUCAGGUGUUCCAGUUGUAACCGACGCUCCAACAUCAGCUCCCGGUUCAACUCAGGGUCCAACUUCAGGUGCUCCAGUUGUAACAGACGCUCCGACAUCAGCUCCUGGUGCAACUGAGGCUCCAACUUCAGGUGCUCCAGUUGUAACCGACGCUCCGACAUCAGCUCCCGGGGCAACUCAGGGUCCAACUUCAGGUGCUCCAGUUGUAACAGACGCUCCGACAUCAGCUCCUGGUGCAACUGAGGCUCCAACUUCAGGUGCUCCAGUUGUAACCGACGCUCCAACAUCAGCUCCCGGGGCAACUCAGGGUCCAACUUCAGGUGCUCCAGUUGUAACAGACGCUCCGACAUCAGCUCCUGGUGCAACUGAGGCUCCAACUUCAAGUGCUCCAGUUGUAACAGACGCUUCGACAUCAGCUCCUGGUGCAACUGAGGCUCCAACUUCAGGAGCUCCAGUUGUAACAGACGCUCCUACAUCAGCUCCUGGUGCAACUGAGGGUCCAACUUUAAGUGCUCCAGUUGUAACAGACGCUCCAACAUCAGCUCCCGGUGCAACUGAGGGUCCAACUUCAAGUGCUCCAGUUGUAACAGACGCUCCUACAUCAGCUCCCGGUGUAACUGAGGCUCCAACUUCAGGUGCUCCAGUUGUAACCGCCGCUCCAACAUCAGCUCCCGGUGUAACUGAGGCUCCAACUUCAGGUGCUCCAGUUGUAACCGCCGCUCCAACAUCAGCUCCCGGGGCAACUGAGGGUCCAACUUCAAGUGCUCCAGUUGUAACAGACGCUCCUACAUCAGCUCCUGGUGCAACUGAGGCUCCAACUUCAGGAGCUCCAGUUGUAACAGACGCUCCGACAUCAGCUCCUGGUGCAACUGAGGGUCCAACUUCAAGUGCUCCAGUUGUAACAGACGCUCCGACAUCAGCUCCUGGUGCAACUGAUGGUCCAACUUCAAGUGCUCCAGUUGUAACAGACGCUCCAACAUCAGCUCCCGGUGCAACUGAGGGUCCAACUUCAAGUGCUCCAGUUGUAACAGACGCUCCUACAUCAGCUCCCGGUGUAACUGAGGCUCCAACUUCAGGUGCUCCAGUUGUAACCGCCGCUCCAACAUCAGCUCCCGGUUCAACUCAGGCUCCAACAUCAAGUGCUCCGGUUGCUACAGAAUCUUCGACUGUCGUAGCUAGUGUCACGCAGGGCCCAAGUUCGUCACUUGGAUAUUCAGAAGUGCCCUCAUCAGAAGCACCUCCAGUGACACAAACUGAAUCAUCGAUUCCACCUUCUUCGGAACCAUUGGUGUCUACAAUUUCUUCAGUACAGCCAACUCCAAAUACGGUGAUUCCGACCACUGCUUCUCCUGAUCCUCUUACUCAAACUGAAUAUGUUAUCUAAACUAUCAGUUUUUGGUAACAAAAACUGAAUUUCUAGUUUAAAACGAAUGUAAUCUCGUAGAUAUUAAAAUUAGAAACAAGCAAUACAAUGAAGUUGUACAAUCA